CUUGUCAUUCGUUCUAAGGACCAACCUAUCAUCCUGCGAAGCACCAGAUCGCAUCCCCUUUGGCUCAGCCAACAAGCAAAGAUUUGCAGGGAAGAUCGAAGUGUUGUGUGUAGCGCCAGAUUCAUCUUCCAUAGUUCUACAUCUUCAACGAUGGUGCUCGAGGCGACUAUGAUCUGUAUUGACAAUUCCGAAUGGAUGCGUAAUGGCGAUUACGCUCCUUCAAGAUUUCAAGCUCAAGCAGAUGCCAUCAAUCUUAUUUGUGGAGCUAAGACGCAGUCUAAUCCAGAGAACACGGUUGGGGUUCUCACAAUGGCGGGAAAAGGUGUUCGUGUGCUGGUUACGCCCACCACUGACCUGGGCAAGAUACUGGCAUGCAUGCACGGUUUGGAGAUAGGGGGUGAGAUAAACCUAGCAGCUGGCAUCCAGGUAGCUCAGUUGGCUCUUAAGCAUCGUCAGAACAAAAAGCAGCAACAAAGGAUUAUAGUUUUUGUUGGCAGUCCUGUCAAACACGAGAAAAAGUUACUGGAGAUGAUCGGAAGGAAGUUGAAGAAGAACAAUGUGGCCCUUGACAUUGUUGAUUUUGGCGAAGAAGAUGAUGGCAAACCUGAGAAACUGGAAAGUCUUCUGGCAGCUGUGAAUAGUAAUGACACCAGUCACAUUGUUCAUGUUCCUGCUGGUCCAAAUGUGCUCUCUGAUGUACUCAUCAGUACACCUAUCUUUACUGGAGAUGGCGAAGGUGGAAGUGGUUUUGCAGCAGCUGCAGCAGCUGCUGCUGCUGGUGGCGUAUCUGGUUUCGAUUUUGGGGUUGAUCCCAACUUAGAUCCUGAACUUGCCCUUGCUCUUAGAGUUUCAAUGGAAGAGGAGAGGGCCAGACAAGAGGCAGCUGCGAAAAAGGCUGCAGAGGAGAAUACAAAGCAAGAAAAAGGAGCUGAGCAGCCAUCUGGUUCACAGGAUGCAACUAUGACCGAGCGCCCUGGCCUUGCGACAUUUGUUGCUGAAAACAAGGCUGCUGAUUUAAUGGAUGAUGAGAAUGCACUGCUACAACAAGCCCUUGCUAUGUCAAUGGAUAAUCCUUCGGGUACCAGUGACAUACGAGAUAUUGACAUGUCAGAAGCAGCAUCAGACGAUCCUGAGUUGGCACUUGCUCUUCAAUUGUCUGUGCAGGAAGGCUCCAGUGAUUCGUCAAGCCAGACGGAUAUGAGUAAAUUGUUGGCCGAUCAGUCUUUUGUGUCUUCUAUUCUUGCUUCACUUCCAGGCGUAGAUCCAAAUGAUCCCUCUGUAAAAGAUUUGCUUGCUUCCAUGCAAAGCCAAGCAGAGGAUAAGAAAGAUGAAGAGAAAUCAUCAAAGGAAGAUGAGAAAUGAGUAUAUGGUAUCAUCAGCAGUGUGCCUUCCUUCAUUCUGGAUCUUCAUAUCUUGUUCGUUGUCAAACGAAGGCCGUACAAGUCGUUCAUUGUGAGAGUAGGAGAUAUCCAGCUGCUUCGGAACAAUACUUUUCUUUUCACUUUUUACUUUUCACUUCCUCAUUCUACACAUUUUGUUUUAUUCAAUGAAAGUCAUAUGUUUGUCCAAAUUAGGUUUAACUAUAAGUUAUAUCUUAAGCUAAAAGUUUGGGCUUUGUGUUUAUUUGAAGUUAGAUUGACAUUUUACUCCAUAUUUAGUCCAACGAAUUCGUUCAUUGUCAUGAUUAAGAAACAUCAAAAUCAAUUUCAUGUUUUAUUAAA